UUGCCUGCUCUUCUGUCUCAACUGCGAAGCUGCUCGUUUGGAUCUCAUUGCACAAUUAGGCGACGAGUUCGGAAUCAAUCAUGGACGGCGGUGGUCAGCUUCUAUCGCUGAAAGUGAUGCGGGUCUCGCGGCCGUCACUCGGAAGCGCAUGGGAACCUUUUUACUCGAGCUCCCCGUCUCUAUCUGCACAUUCCACCGCGUCGAUCACGUCCCUCCAAGGAAAGACCCCCUUACCUGGCCAUCCCAAGACCCUCCGCGAUCUUACCCAUAUCACCGAGCUCCUCACACUGCCUUCAUCCUUCGGCGCGAUACAACUGGGCGAGACCUUCUCAAGCUGCCUCUCCGUCAACAAUGAGGCCAAUGUGGAUGUGGAAGGCGUCAUCGUUCACGUUGAGAUGCAGACUGCUUCCACCAAGACAUUGCUCGCUGAGUUUGGAGGGCCGGAACAGCGAUUAGGUGUAGGCCAGAGCUUGGAGAAGAUUGUCAGCCAUGAGAUAAAGGAGCUUGGACAGCAUGUUCUGGGCUGCACGGUCUCAUACCGUAUGCCCCCUGGAGUACGGCCACCUCCCGGACAAUCGGCAGACUUACAAGACCCGAGUGUAGAGUCAUUCCGUAAGUUCUACAAGUUCGCUGUUACCAAUCCUCUCUCCGUCAAAACCAAAGUCCAUCUCCCUCGCUCACCCACGGCCCUUCUAUCAAGUGAGGAGCGGGAAAAGGUGCUAUUGGAGGUGCAUAUACAGAACCUUACUCAGGAUGCUAUGUGGCUCGAGCGCAUGCAAUUUGAUUGCGUGGACGGCUGGCAGGCCCAAGAUGCGAAUUACCUUGAGGAUGCCGCUGCUGGAUCAAAGGAGUCCUUGUUCACCGGUUCGACGGCCCUUAUGCAGCCUCAGGAUGUCCGCCAGUACAUCUAUAUCCUACAGCCCAUAAAUCUGCCCCCCUUUCCGAUCACGCACGCUCCAGGUGCUAUCCUUGCACUUGGCAGAUUAGAUAUCUCAUGGCGAUCCUCAUUUGGCGAGCCAGGCCGACUGCUGACAUCUACAUUGUCGCGUCGCAUACCCCUUAUUCAACCUCCAUCCAAUCCUCAGACACCGCCCCCUGGACUCAAACAACCGCCCUCUGCUAUACCUCUCCACCUACAGCGUAGCAACACAAUCGGCGGCUCUCCUUCGCGGGCACAAUCACCUCUUCCUCCACAGCGUGCUAUGAGCCCUCCUGCCAACCAACCAGCUCCCGCCCCUUACAGGCCAGGCUCUCCCUUCCGGGGUCGCCCACCAAGCGUAGGGCCUCCGGCGCGCAACCAGACUCAAUCUCCAGGCCCACCGACGUCCGUUGCGCCUCCCCCGCGUCUGCCAGAGGACGUCGAGGUCGAUCUAGUCGUGACGUCAAUACCUAGGGACUCAUUGGCCAUCGACAAGCCCUUCGACGUCGCUUUCAAAGUAACUGUGCAAGCCCCCGCACCUUUUCCGCGACCGAACGAAUCACGAAGGCAGCGCGUUCUGUCCCUCGUCGUACAACACACACAAGCUGCGAAGGAGAUUAGUGUCGCUGCGGCUGUUGCUUCAGCAGUCGCAACGACACCAGGUCCUUCGAACCAGCAGGGCAGCUGGACGCCGCGCGUGCCAUCGUCUGGCUUCUCCACGCCGUCGCCGUACGCUACGCCUUUCCGUGCAGACUUCCCAGAUACUCUUUCCCAGAGGCUCCUUGUCGCCUCGCCACGGCAAUUGCACGCGGGUGAGCUUGAGUCCGACGGCGGCGACACCCCGGGACCUAACACACAUACCGUCGGCCGCGUAUACGACCUACCCUCACCCGAGCUCCGGCUGGCCUCAGGCGCAGCAGACCCGAAGGCAUCUCGUUCGGACGGCGUCUCAUUCCUCGGCACCUCUACCCUCUUCCUCCCCGCCCUUCGUCUGCCCGUACCCUCCCUUCUGCCCGCAGCGGCGCAGCCACGUACUUCCGGUCAUACGCGCGACGUCUCUGACAGCUCUGUGGAGAGCGAAAGCGAGAAUGAGCCUCUCGCCGCACCCGAAAGGCUGAGAGUCACCGCGUCGCAAGAGUUCGAGCUGACGUAUGUCCCUCGCAAGAGCGGAUUCUUGACCAUAGGCGGGCUCCGCGUCCUAGUCGUCGAAGACCGGCUUGCGGAGGAGGACGAUCAUGCUGAUGGGGCUGUUUUGCCCAUUGAGCCUCGGAUACUCAAGGAGUGGGAGGUCGUUGCUGAGGUGUGGGUCACGUCAUGACAUUUGUCUUCCUGGUGCACGUGGGCG